AUGAAAAGAAGAGAGCGUAGUUGGAUGUAUGAUAGACUCGACGGGCGCAAUCUUAAGCCCGACUUUCUCAAGGGGGUUGGAGAGUUCAUUGAGUUUUGCAAAGAGCAUCCAACAUGCAAUGAUGGUGACAAAAUAAGAUGCCCAUGCCCCUUGUGUGAUAACAAACGUUUUCAUGAUACUGAAACAGUUAGAGUACAUUUGUACAAGAAGGGGUUUGUACGUAAUUACUAUCAAUGGAUAUGUCAAGGGGAAAGCUUAGUAGAGUCCUCGCGUGUUCAGCCAAAUCAAUAUCGGGAUAUGGUUAUUGAUGCUCUUGGAAAUAAUCAAGAGCAUUUGUUGAAUGAAGAGGGUAAUUCAGUUGAAGAAGAACCAAAUGAUGAAGCUAAGAAGUUUAUAGACCUUCUAAAGGCAGCUGGAGAUCCAUUAUAUGAAGGGAGCAAACUCUCUGUGCUGGAGAUGGCAUCAAGAAUUGGAAGUUUGAAAUGUGAAUUCAACUUACAACACAGGUGUGUGGAUGGGUUUGCAUCUUUGAUGAAUGAUGCGAUUCCAAAUAACAACCAAAUGGGUAGAACUUUCAAUAGCACAAAGAAGGUUCUUGAGGGCUUGGAACUUCCUCAUGAGAGGAUCCACACAUGCCCCAAAGGUUGUUUGCUCUUCUGGAAAGGCGAUGCACAGUUAGAUAAAUGUAGAGUAUGCGGAAGUGAUCGGUAUAAGAAGACUGCAAAGGGCAAGCUUAUUCCAGCAAAAUUUCUAAUCUAUUUUCCAAUCACACCGAGGUUGCAAAGGUUGUAUGCUACCAAGAACAUUUCGGAGGAUAUGACUUGGCAUGCCAAGAAUCCCCGAGUUCAAAACACCUUCGCACAUCCUAGUGAUAGUCAAGCGUGGAAGCACUUGGAUACAACCUUUCCUAAUUUCGCAUCAGAGCCACGAAAUGUCAGGCUUGGUUUGUGCACGGAUGGAUUUUUCCCCCAUGGUAAAUUUGGAUCCCAAUAUUCAUGUUGGCCAGUUAUUCUUACACCAUAUAACUUCCCUCCAUCGAUGUGUAUGAAAAGACCAUUCAUGUUCCUUUCUUUGCUCGUUUACGGUCCUAAAAAUCCUAAAGAAAACUUGGAUGUGUACAUGCAACCACUCAUUGAAGUGUUGAAACAGUUAUGGGAGGUUGGGGCUAUGACUUAUGACAUCUCAAGCAAGCAGAAUUUCAACCUCCGCGCAGCCCUUUUGUGGACUAUUAGUGAUUUUCCUGCAUAUGACAUGCUAUCUGGAUGGUCCACUGCCGGAAAGAAGGCUUGCCCUUAUUGUAUGGAUAAAAGCAAGGCAUUUUGGCUUGAACAUGGAGGUAAAGUUUCAUGGAGUGCCGUCGGGACCGUAGAGACUUUGUUGACAGGGAGCCUCAAGCAGAGACGUCCUAGAGACAGGAGGGACCAAGCUUUGAGCUGGGACAGGGGUCCGGAUCCUAGUACUCCUGGGACGGAGAUGGAUCAGGAGCUGGAACGCCUUAGGAGGCGUAAUAGGGACAAGUCACCUGUUGUUGACGUCACUCCUGAUGAUGACUCGGACUGA